CUGGUUCUUCUCUGUCCUCCAUUACAGAGCUCGGACCCCGAGCUGGCUCGUCUCCUCGCUCGGGGAGAAGCCGAAGGCUCCCCGUCUCCUCUUUCUCUUGCUAGUGUUUGAUGAUCCGAGAGUUCCCAUGGCUUCGAUCGGGGGAGAGUGCAUGGAGCUCGAGGCGAUGCGCAAGGAGGACGGCUCUUGGCACCCUUGCCGCGUCUCCUUGAGAUAAAAGACAUUCCUAUGCACAUGUAGACUUGCUUAUGUACAUAUGCAUGCGUAGUUCUAAUGAUGCAACUUCUUUUAUUAUUGUGGAAUUUGAAAGUUGCAAUGAAGAAGAUAUUAUAUCCAGUAGAGAAGAUGCCUUAGCACGUUUACGCUUUCGUUCCAUCCCUCUCCAAGAUGGUGAGUGUUCUCAUAUCAAAGAAGGAGAAUGUGUUCUAGCCAUGCGCAAGGGUCAGACUAGGAGCUUGUUCUUUGAUGCUGUUAUAGAGAAGACAUACAAAGUGAAACACUCAAACCGAGUGCACUGCAGAUGCACUUUUGAAGUCAAAUGGUUCAAUACUAAGCUAAAUGAGGAAACUAUGACUGUUCCAUCGAAGUCAGUUAUGAAACUCUCUGAUAAAGACAUCGAUAGCCACCCAGUAUUUGCUGCAUUCUUAACUGCUUUGACUUGUAGAAAUGGUGUGGAAGUUCCUUCGUUCCUUGAUCUUUUAGAGGAAACCACCUGUGAGACUGACCUCCAUGGAUUGUUGGAAAAGCAAAUAGAAGAGAUAACCAAAUUGGCUGAUGGAUCGGACGGCUCAAAAGAUGUCCUUUUGGAAGUUAAAAGAGCUAACCUCAAUGGCCGCAAACAGAGUGAAGUAGUUGCUUCUUCACAAACAUUUCUGUUAAGCAGUCAUGAUGAUUUCAGAAGAUCUACCAGGAGCCAGAGUAAACAAGUUGAGAUCAAACACGAGAAACAUUUGAAAGAUGUGCCUCUUCUCAGCCCUCUUGCUGCUCGCGCAGCUCUGGCUUCAUUAGUGCAUGAACUACCACAUGAACCUGAAUUUCCCAUCUGCCAAAUAGAAAAAGAUGGGCAUGAGGACACAGCCCCAGAAGAUCUGGCAAGGAACAUCAAUGAGCAUUUCUUGGAUGUUGAAGGCUUGCUUGUCAACUCUGAUUCCAAAAUCAGGAAUGAUGCAUCUGUUGUUUUAAGUUCCACCCAGAAUUUAAACAGCAAUGCACCAGUUGAAGAUAGAAAUUUAUCCACAUCAUCUAUUUCCACUAGAAGAAAUUCUAUGAAAAAAUCUGUGUUUGAGGAAUCCCCAGAUUCUUUAGGCUCACAAAAGAAAGCAGAAGGAGCAUCUAAAGAGUCAGGCAAGAAACUGGGUGGCUAUACCAUUGUGAAGCAUUUGAAAACUUCAGUAACAAAUGGGAAGCUGAGUGGUAGCAUGGCAACAGCAAGGUUAACUCGUUCAGCUGUACGGAGGGAGAUACUAAAUUCAACUAUUGAAGUGGGGCAAGGGUCCUCAAAUGAAAAGUUCAAAAGUCUUGUAAGCACAAGGUUUAUGCAUUCUGCAGAGCAGAAAAUGAGGAGCGAUGCAAACAUCAAGCUACAGGUGGAAAGCAGCAACUUGAUUCAAGAUGAAGAAGAAAUUGUCACACCUGAGAAUAGCGAGAGCAAGAAGAAGAAAUUGAUUCCCUCUUCUGUAGAUACCAAGACCAAUUUGACACUGGAGAGUAGGAAAAGGACCAGAGCAUCCAGUGUUACUGCACCUACUAAGGAAGAUCAAGGUGAAAUUUUGCAAGAUGGUGAAAAUUACCCUGCCACAAAAAAGAAAGCAUCUUCUUCUAAGAAGCCCACAUUGCGGUUCUCACCAAGGCUUAGGUUCCUCCCUAGAACGCGCUCGCAAAAGAAGACUUCAGCAGCCUGCUAAGCGCGUGACUAAGGUGAUUCCUUUUUCUUUUCAAGGGGCAUGUUUUUUGUGUUUUGUGCUGAUCAGUAAUAUAGUUAGGUACAGCUGAAAUGCAAGAGAUAAACAUAUUGCAGAGAGAGAUAUGGAUCCAUGCGUGAUCUCGUAAUCAUAUUAAUACUCUUGUGCUGUCGCAGUUAAUGAUUUUAGUUAAUACACGUGCUUUUAAGAAUCUGCAA